GGGAUUCCUUUAGAAUAAAGAGGUGCGGUGGAAACGCACGGAGGCGAAUGUGGAUGUGCGUUGGAGCGGUGCCAUGGUUGUAAUGAGGCUGGGUCAACACAUCCGCGCCGCUGGAGGAUGGUGCGCGUAACUCUCAGGUUUUACAUCACAGGUUGUUGUGCGGCUGCUGGGGGCCACUUGUGGGGCCCCUUCGUCCCAGGGUCGGUUCUUACGCACCUGCUUAAUGCAGCCUGACAUAAAGAAAGAGUACAGCUACAGACAAUGUCCCCGGUGCUGUUCAGAGUCAGUUCGGUGUGUGUCGGUGUUGCAGAGGCUCCAGACGGUGACUCACUCCUGCUUGGCUCCGGUUUGGGGGGUUAGUAGGCUAGUCCAUGCAGACAAGUGGAAAAAUCCCAUGCAAACUCCGAGGACACACUUGUGCGUGUCACGUGUAGCAGCUCUCGGUAAAGGUUAACGCGGCUGUGCAGCCCUCAGGCUUUAACCCGUUCGCAGCCGCGCACUGUGAAGGAGCACAACGCGAGCCGGAGCGCACAGAGCCGCCAGCAGCGACCGAGGCACCAUCAUCCGUCCCGUGGCUGCGUGUGGACGGUCAGUGUCUGUGUGUGCGUGCGUGCGUGCGGGUGUGAAUCUCGGACUAUAGACGGAGCCACAAGCAGAGAGGAUGGAGACUGGUGGAGUCGACGCGCUCCGGUGAAGGAGCCUUUCAUCUUACAAUCAACUGCAACGAGAGGAGAGACGAGCACGGUGUUCGAGACCGAGAGCGACGCUCCGCAGGACACUGACCCCCCUCCAGUCCUAACUUCACUAAACUGAUCAAGAACUUUUGGACCAAACUGGUUCUUGUUUCCGUCGCUGAAGCACCAGUUCAAACUGGUUACCACAAGACAAGAAUGGAAAAUCUGAAUUCAGCACUCAAGAACUCAGCGGAGAACCUCAACUGCCUUGACACCUUCAGUGGUUAUGAGGAUUCACUUCCCUCUGAAUCUCCAUCUCGCCUCGGGCGCCAUAUAAAACCCAAAUCCAGCAUGAGCUGCAGGCGAAAGCGUGAGUUCAUUUCUGACGAGAAGAAGGACGCCUCCUACUGGGAGAAACGUCGCAAGAACAAUGAGGCGGCCAAGCGUUCCAGGGAGAAGCGGCGUCUCAAUGAUAUGGUUUUGGAGAACCGUGUCAUUGCACUGAACGAUGAGAAUGUGCGGCUCAAGACAGAACUGCUCCAGUUGAAGCUGCGCUUUGGCAUCAUAAGCACAGCCUCGUAUAUUGAGAAGAGCCAGCAGAUCGGUGGGGGCAACAACACAGGAACCGGAGGCUCAUCCUCCUCCUCCUCUAAUCAGUACUACUCCAGUGGUUACUCCAGCGGCUCUCAGAUGAUGAUGACGUCAGAUUCCUCCGAAACAGAGCAGUCAGGGCGCAGCGAGAGCCACAGGCAGCUGGUGAAAUACUCCCCACGUGGAUCCCUGUCCGACAUGUCAGACAGCUCCUCCAGGGACAGCCCCGAGCCGCUCCCCUUCGAGAUCAAACAGGAAGGGGACAGGCUGGAGAUGGACAUUGCCAAUGGCACCACAACCCAGAUCAUGUUCAACAUCCACCGCGGCCUGGCCUCUGUACCCACUCACCACCAGAUCCAGCAGCAUUCUCAGGAGCUGGAGGCUGCGUAUCACAGCCAACAGCAGCACCUUCAGCAGCAGGAGCCUGUUGCUGCCAUCAGCACUGUGAGCCAGGCAGCCCCUCACCCGCCUGCUGCCCAGAGGAGCGUCAUCCUGUACGGCUCCAGCAGCGCCUCCUACCCUGUGGACACUGAUGUGCUGCCAGCGCAGAAGCAGAGCAGCAGCCCGGGGUUUGUCAGUCGACUGCCCCAGAGCUCCACAGAGACCCUGGCAGAAGUGACGAAGCAGCUCGAGAGGAAGACAUUGGACUCCCCUUCAUACGAGUUCUCAGACAGCCGCAACGAGGCUGCAGAGAGACAGAUGUAUCGAGUUUGCCAACUUCCCCAGCAGCACCAGCAGGAGAGCGAUUCGUCUGCCGAGCUCCUCCACCAACACAUCGAGGGGGUCAACCAAUCCCACCUGUACCACCAUCUCCAGCAGCCUCAAAAUUCAUACCUCAGUGCCCAGGACGAGGAGCCGCCUGUGCUCACCUACGAAGGUGGGCCCAGGGAUGAGGCCUACUACCAAGGCCCCUCCAGCAAGGACACUUCAUCCAGUGAUGGAGAUCCCCGGAGCUCUGACAAAGAGGCCUCCACGGAUGACGACGAGUCCCCCUCCUCAUCCUGCUCAGACACGGGCAGCUACCACAACCAACACCUUACCAGCCUCCACCGGCCUGCCUCACCUUUGCCAUCCUCCCAUGGCUGCUCUCAGGCCCAGGGCCGGGAUCCGCACGGGGAGGUGAAGGGCACGGCGCUGCCCCACAAACUCAGACUCAAACACCGGGCGAUGAGCACCGGGAGCGGACACUGCUCUGGCCAGGAGUCCCCGACCACGCCUCCCUCUGCCACGCCACCUCCCCUGCCCCAGCAUCCCUACUUCUCCCUCACUACACCACAGGACAUUACGCGAGAGAGCGCAGGUGGCGUCUGUAAGCAGGCGGGGGAGAAGGAGAGCGGGACAAAGGAGGCGAGUGGACGACGAAACAAGAGACGAGAUUAAGGGACACUGACUUUUAGACUCGUCACAAAAGACAGAAUUUCCUCCCGAGGAAUUACCCUGCCAUCAUGCCUUUGCCCUUUAAUCAAACCCCCUCCUCGAGCCCCUGGGACAAGAAGCUGGGCUUUUUCCACUUUCCUAAACCCCGACGUCACCAAAUAGGCUGGACAUCUCGUAGGGCUGUAAUAUAUUUGUAUAUAUUGUACAGAUUUGUCAUUUCUUACAUCCUCUCCAUACUUACAAGAGCACUUUUGUUUAAGCGACGAGAGGAGGAAUGGAACUUCCUGCUUUUCUACUUUUGUCAUUAGUAGAAAACAUCAGCAAAAGCACAUUUCAAUCAAUUACCAACAAGAAUGUGGGAAAGCAACGUUUUGAGCUUUAUCAGUGCUAUGAAUCCGGUACAUACCUGACUGUAGACAAACAUACACAUGUAUGGCAUCUGCCUUAAACACAAUGCAAUGCAAACGUACACUGGGGACAUCCCCUCGACCAAAGAAGCACCAACACUACAAACUUUAAGUUCCACACCUCCUCCCGGACCCUACCUCUACCAACCCUUUCCCCAACCAUCUCCAUUCUGUCACGAAAGAUCGCCUUCGCCUUUAUUUUUUAAGCACUUGGUUUGUAUAUUACUGUGAUAUAUGAAUAUAUGUAUCUAUUAUAAAUAUAUAUUUUACAAAAAGAAAUUUGAAUACAAAUCCAACAAAAACACGACAGACCUGCAGUGGCACAAUAGGAGGUUUUAGAAAGUGACCAUCCUAAUGAGAAUCAGUGAACAGCCACACGUCUGCUGUCGCUACAGGAGCCGUUCAAAUUAAAGAUGCCUCUUGAUUGUCAAGCUUUAGCAUUAAUCAUUCGUUAAUGCCGUUUACACAGAAAUGGCCGUCCAGUCUGGAGCGCCAACAGCACUGAAUGGAGAACAUGUUGUUUCCUGAGGCCGAGGCCUCGUUAAAAUGUUUGGAUUUCUUAACCUUUAACCAGCCUUUAAAUAUUCGGUGGAAUUCACCAGCUGCAGGCUCUGAGCCUUGAGUUUAUUUGAGCUUCAUCAACCAUAUCUUCUUGUUGUUACCAUUUACUGGCCCCGUGUAUUUAUUUCCCUCUUCUCCCAUGUCACUGUAGAAAAGCCCACAGGAACAUAGAGGGAGAACGUGUACAGAUCUUUUCAGACGCAGCACAAACUGCAGCCUCCAGUACGAACUGUAACGUGGGCACGGGAUGCUCGGGGGUGGUGGUGGUGGUGGUGGUGGGGGGUUUAGUCAAAUCUGUGUGAACGUGUAAACGAUGGUUCACUGAGUUCUGAGCGAGUUCCUCUUUUUAAGAAAACCUUCCAAAACCUACUGUACAUUCACAAACAGAGACAUGAGGUUGUUGUAGUUUGACCCAAACCCUCGCCGCUCACACACGACCCCAGAUAAUGAAGUUAUUGAGAAAUAGAAGUACCAACGAAAUACCAAACGUUUCUAACCCCCUUAAAAUAACCGGAGCUGUGAUUGGUGGAGACUCCCCUCGUUUCCCCCUGUGCCUCCAUUACUCAUUUCAGAGUUGAUUCAUCCCCAGUUUAAAAAAAAAAGAAAAAAGUCUAUGUACCACGUUUGGCUUUUUGGUGCUUGUGUAUAAAUGUAAAGUUCCCUCACCCUCGAACAACUGUAAUGUUUAUUUCAUUGGUUUUAUAUCCUCUUUUUUCAUCGAGGUGUUGUUCUGUUUUCUAUCUGGUGUCUUUCCUCCUAUCGACUGUGAUGACAUGUAUUUGCCUCAUUCCUCCUCCCCCCCCCCCUUCUUUCAGUGUGUAUUAAUCAGUAAUGUUUGUGGUUUUGCUGAUGGUUCUAUGAAAAAACGGCGAGGAGAGAAAAAAAAUGAAUCAAACAAGGUUAGUGUGGUGUUUAGAGAUGGUGGUUGGUCUGGUUGGUCAUUACCAUCGCUUCCUUUUGACAUGUAUGUAAAGACACUAAUGUUCACUGUGGAAGAUGGGAGCAUUUCAAGAUCUGAAAAACAAAAAUAAAAAAGAAGAUUGUUGACCUUUCAACAUAUCAUGACAAGA